GCUCCCAGACUCGACCCACGGACAUCCGAUACCGCUCUUACCACCCCCUCUACCCCUCCCCCGCAGUAACGUCUACCUCGUCCGAUUUCCCUUCAGAGCUUUCUCAGAGAUUGGUCGUCGAGAGGUCGAGCGAGAGGGUCGUCGAUUGUUUGUGCGGAGUUGAAAAUCGAGUGGAACGCGAAGGUCCCAUGCAUGUUCGAGGAAGCGUAGAGCUGCACGCAACUUGUGUCGGAGUCUGGUGAGAUCGUGCUUUGGACGCACCGAGAGCGACAAGUUUUUGAGAGAGGGCGAGAGGCAGUGAGCGAGGAGCGAUGAGGUCUUGGCAGGCCACGAGUGCUGGCAAGGGGAGCGACUUUCAAGCGCGCGGAUCGAGCGCGGAUACUUUGAAUUCCGGGAAUGGAGAUUCUCCCAGAGCUUCGAGGAGUGCGAGCGAAUUGGUCGUCUCGAAAGGCAAAUCGCGGUGGAGCGCGGAGGAUGUGCGCUCCGUGGGAGAAACGUCGACUCACUCGAGAAAUUCUUGCUCGUCGUCCUCGUCGUCGUCGAACCGGAAAUCCUCGAGGUCCUCUCAUUCAUCGCGAUCGAGCUCUUCGUCUUCUUCGCGGUCGGGAAGCAGAAGCGGGAGACACCCGAAACCGCGAUCGUGUAUCAGAACUGUGUUUCCGGACGACGAGCUAGAAAUUGUGGCGGAUGGCCCUUACAUCCACAACGGCCUCGCCCUCACAGAAGCGGAGAGGCACGACAUUGACUCGACCUCGGCAUCCGACUACGCAUCCACCAGCGGCUCAGAGCCGUCGUCUCCGCAGGCCUUCUCACCAAUUCAGACCAGUCUUCGAGAAUAUGACAGAUCUCAGAGUGAACGAUUCGAGGCCUUUUGGGGUGAGGGCGUUGACUUGUUCGAGAAGAGCCGGAAAUCGACAUGGAGGAAACUGCGGCAUCGCAGGCUUCUGACAAAUUUGUUCAACUUCAGACCUCAGAGUGAUACCAGCUUCUCAGACGGCCAAGAGUCUCAGUCAAUGCUCGUAGAUAUUCAUGUACUGGGAAGUCCUGGCCCAAUUCGACUCGUGGUGGACAAGACCGAUUUAGUGCAGGAUGUCAUCGAAUCUGCUCUCCAUGCAUACGAUGUACAGAAGCGCCAACCUGCACUCGGUCUUAGCUAUCAACCAUUCAUGCUGUAUUGCAAAGCGCCUGAAUUUGAAGAAAUGGAUGAGAGAAGCUCGAUAGGAGAAUAUGGUUUGCGGCAUUUCUACCUUUAUCCCAAGCCUGACAGUGGGGACGAGCUCAACACAUCUCCAAAGAGUAAAAAAGGAACGAAGAAAUCAUCGUCGAUCAAAAGCUUGUUCGAAAAGAGUGUAAUCGAGAUGCAGUCGUGGGGCAUGUGUGUGAUGAAAACGCUUUAUCAGAAUUUUGGAUGCUUGGCAAGUUCCCUCUACCACUUGAAUUUCGACACAGUCAUGGGUGCAGUGCUCAAAGCUUUGAGAUAACUCGACUCGUCAUCGUGGGCAUACGCAUCAUCAAAUCAUGUGACAUUGACAGGCCAAUUUGCCCCAUUUCACCCAUCUUCAAAUGUAAAUACGGUCCCCCUCCACUUUAGAUAGAUUCAAAAGGUCCCCUUCACAGGGACCUACACAGUACACCUUAUACUGUGCAUAUAGAUUGACGUCUUCUUUGUACACAAGCGGACACAUUUGUUCAUGCCCUUCGGCAACGCAAUUGAAAAAGCAGUAAUUGCUGUGAUUUUC